UAUUUCUGACAUUGCCAUGAAUAGUUUAUUAAGAAAAAAUAAUCAUGACAUCAAUAAGUGGCUAAUAUUUCACAUUUCAGUUCAGUGUUUGAGAAUUCCAGGUGUGAUAAGAUGCAAAUUGUCUUAGUUCUCUUGUGCGUUCUGUAUAAAACUUCCGCAUACAAAAAUGUGACUGAGACCGUGGAAAAGUCUUGCGACUGUGGAUCAACCGUCACAAUAUUAACAGUAGCUGUGGCAAUAGUGGCUGCAGGACUUUUAGCUGCAUUGAUAGCCAUAUUAGUCUUAUAUUGUCAAAUUUCCAAGCUUAAAAAUGAGCAUAAAAAUACUGCGGUUCAAUCAAAAAACAGUGCUAAUGAAAAACAGACAAUGUUUAAUAAAAAUGACAAAAAGACCCAUGCAAGCGUAUCAAAAACCCCUUCACUAAGAAGACCCACAGGGAUCAGAUUAGGCAUACAAUCGACAGCAGAAGCACAAGAUUCGAAUACAUCGUCAGCACGUUCCAGUGUGGACAAAAAAGUUGAUUUUGUGGUGAACGUUGAUGAUGGCAGUGAUGUAAGUGAACAAGACGAUUGUCUGGACAAUGGGUCUCCUAAAGAGUUUCGUAGGACGGCUGACAGACGUCCGACUAAGUUUGUUUCUAACGCAAGUAUUAACGAGGAUGACGCAGCUGAUGAUGAAGAUGAAGAUGAGGAUUUUCCAAAAGAGUUUCGUAAGACCGCAGAACGUCGCCCAACUAAAUUCGUCUUCGGAAACCCCCUGGAAUCUGGAUUGUAUGAUGAAGAAGCCACCAGCAACAGCAGCAAAAGAGAAUCCUCAGAUUCCCAUCAUAAAAUCGCCAAAGAAUCGAGAAAAAGUGUAACUUUCGACGAUCAUAUAAAGAAAAUUCCGAGGACAGAAAGUGAGGAUAGCAGUGAGGGUAGAACCGACGACUUGGAAAUUACUAUAGUGGAAGUGGGAGAUGAAAAAUCGUUACCGAGCGAGAUAUUUAAAGAGAUAUUUUAGUUUUUAGUUUAAUAAAUUAUUGAGUAUGUGCUGCGGUUAUUCCUACACCUUCACCAAUUCAUCGCUGAAAAAUGAUCGGGUAGUUGGCCAUAGUUAGUUUAAAGCGACCAUCAUGGCUAGAAAUAUUACCAAGUUACUUGUUUUCGCUGUUAUUUAUUUAUGUUUAUUUAGCGAGUCAACCGCCCAAUUGAGAUGUUACAACUGUAACUCUUAUAACCAGCUAAACGGUAGUCUUUGUAUUAAUCCCAUGGACCCCAGAGUACCUACUAUAGUAUGCCCGAGAAAUUAUAUUUGUUCCAGGGUUACAUACGUUACACAGAGGACAUUUAUAACAUCGAGAUCGUGCGACCCAAGCGGCAAUACUUGCAAUAAUAUCCGAGGUACAUUACAAAAUAUGUAUCCAGACCUUUCUAAUUUUCAAUGUUCCACUUGUUCACGGGAUUACUGCAAUUCUGGACAGCACUUGACUGCUUUUAAUCUUUUAAUUGUUUGUAUUGUUACUCUUUUAGUUAUAUAAAACUUAAUAAAAAUUCUAUGGUU